AUGGGUAUGGCAGAAAUUCUACCAUUAAUUAACUUACCUAGUCCUUUCUGCUCCCUCGCUGAACUAGUGAGCAGACAUGGCCUCAGUGUGCAGAACGAUGCCAGUGAGUUUGUGGAUCUGUACAUGCCGCAGAAAUGCUCUGCAAGCAACCACAUCAUUGCUGCCAAGGACCAUGCAUCCAUCCAGAUGAAUGUGGCCAAGGCUGACAGAGACACAGGCCAGUUUAAUGGCCAGUUUAAAACCUGUGGCAUAUGCAGGGCCAUUUGCAGGAUGGGUGAGGGCAAGUCAGAAGCUUCUAUUCUCUGUUUGGCUAAGGCUGAUGGAAUUGUCCCAAAAAAACUAGUGAACAGAAGAAAUUGGGAAUAAUUUGUCAUAAGUAAAAGUGAUAAGUACCUGUGACAACUAAAAACAACAUUAACUUACCUGUAACAUGAGUUCUCUACUUUAAUGUUUUG